GCCAGGAAUACCUACGACGGGAGGACCUUCAGGACCUUCUUUCUUACGUCAGUUUUCGACAAGGAUGGGAAAAAUUAGGUCAAGGAAGACAAGAAGGUCGGCCUUGACUUGCGGCUCUUUCAAGGCUACGGCGUCAAGGCUUUCUCCAUGAAAGCGUUUGACGUGCGAGGGGAAGACACCGAGCUUCGCAUGCUGACUGCGGAACAGUUCCUCUGUAGAACGAAUGGCUACCGCGUCACUGGCUGCCUUCCUGUCGUUGAAAGUUCCUUGGAGCUCACCAAACCCUUGGUGAAAUUCAGCAGCCCGACGGACCAACUGCCAGGCGUUGUUAAGGAGUACAGGGAAGCCUUCUCGAGGCUGCCUCUGGACCAACAAGCCGACUGCGCUUUCGUGCCCUUUGUCACGAGCUCGAGGAAAUCGCGACAGACGCCAUCCGCGCUGGUUGGGAAGAGAAAACAGUUGGCUGCUUGUCCAGCUCCGCCUUUGCCAGCCGCGUCGCCCUCGCCCUUGCCCACGGUGAGAGGAGGUCACGAUAUCGCUCAAUGUUCCAGCGAGGCUACGGACUACGAUGACAGAAAUCUGUACGGACGCAAUGCUGCGCGUGACAGUGCCCAGGAAGGUGCGACUGCCCUCACUGAGCGAAACGAGGAGGAAGAAGAUGGGGGAAGCUGCGGUCCACGUGAAGACGACGGUGAUGACGAGUAUAUGGACGUUGGGGAUGAGAACAUGCAGGACCAAAACAUGCUUGCCGAUGACGACGUCGGUGUCACGUCGGAGCAUGGCCCUGGCGACAUCCCCACCGGUUCUGUGGGAGCGGUUUUUGGUCGGCCCUUGUCGUCCCCGGCGAUAUGGCAUUCGCGAGGCGGGAGUCAGGGUGGGCAUGACUCGCAGGAGCACGGAGGAUCAAAGUCGAGGAAAAGGACAAGAGAAACUUCUCCUUCUGCUUCCGCUCACAAGAGACAAGCGAGGACUGACGCUAUUAAUGAGGCUCGUGGAGCUCUGGUGGCAUCCCAGGAGGCGAGACCUCCUCGGAAGAGCAGCCAGGGGGGAAGAUCUGGCGGUCGUGGCGGCGGUCGUGGUGGCGCAAGAAAAGGUAAGCAGAUAGUGAGGUUGAAGAACUGCGGGACUCAGGGGAUGAGGGCGAGGGAGUGGGCCCUCGCAUGCCCGACGAUGAUGAUGAACGGCUUCAGCACGCUGUGCCCAUCGACACGACGCGGUGUUUCUUCCUCGAGUACGACGAGCGGGGUUUUGCUAAGCAAAAAGUCCUUCCUGUUCUUGUGGACGUCAUGAAAAUCAAACGCAUUCCCCGCG